UCACAGGAACAACAUUAUAGUUGUGACGUGGGGAGAAAACUGCAGUGUCAGGAACUAAGAGAGCAUAAUGUGGGACCCUCAGUGCUAGCCUAAAAUGGCGAUCAGGCAGGCACAUUGGAGGUGUGUUUUCUAUCUAACCCUGCCUCUUGUGCUAGCAUCCAACUUGAUCGGCGACGAUCCUCCAGUCGCGACUACGAGUCAGGGUCGCAUCAUCGGUACGAGGCUCGAGUUCAGCCCCACGGACCCCAAGCUUCGCCGUAGCGUGGACGCCUACCUCGGUAUACCGUACGCUGAGGCUCCCGUGGGCCCGCUACGCUUCAAGCCUCCCGUAGCCAAGUCGUGGAGUGGGGAACUACAAGCUACGAAGCUCGGCAAUCGCUGCCCGCAACCGCCAUUUAACUUCGGUUUCACGACAGUUCGGGGAACUUUCAAUGAGAAUUGCCUCUUUUUGGAUGUGUUUGUUCCCCAGCAUGCUCCAGCCAAAGCCGCCGUUCUUGUGUUUCUUCAUGGAGGCGCUUUCUUCCUCGGGGCUGGCACCAUUGAGAGGACGCCACCAACGCCCAUCGCUGCCGUCGGUGACGUCAUCGUGGUCACUCUCAAUUAUCGGCUCGGAGCCCUCGGAUUUCUCUCCACCGACGAUGACGUCAUUCCGGGUAACAUGGGCCUUCUAGAUCAACGCCUUGCGCUGGAAUGGGUCAGGGACAACAUCGAAGCUUUUGGAGGUGAUCCCGAGCGAGUGGCCAUCUUUGGCGAGAGUGCCGGAGCAGCCAGCGUGAGUUUCCACAUGUUGUCUCCGGGAAGUGCCGGCCUCUUCCACGCUGCCAUCAUGGAGAGCGGCGCUCCGACGGUUCCAUGGGCGACAGUCCGGGCCGACGAGGCUCGCAGACGGGCCUUUGCUCUGGGGAAGCUGGUCGGCUGCAAGCGAGAAACAUCGGGGGAGUUGCUGGCAUGUCUGCAGAAGGUGAAGGAUUUCAACACUUUCGUCGAAAACCAACACAAAAAGUUGCAUCAAGAACUGAACGAGUCUUACAUUUUGACUUCUUUCGUGCCGGUGGUCGACGGCAAGUUUCUCCCCCGUGACCCCAUCGACCUCUACGAGGAGGGCGCCAUCAACGACGCUGCCGUCAUCAUCGGCGGGAACGCCGACGAGAGGAUGCUGCAAGUGAUGGCGAGUAUCUACCGGGACCACACCGAUCGGGCACCCUUUGUCGACAGUGCCUCGUACGACGCCCUCACGCGGGGCACCGUAUCGCAGAUAAGCGCUGAGCCGAUCGUGGCUGAGGCGAUCAAGCUGAUGUACCGCAACGCCUCCUGCGCGGAUGCGCCCGACUGCGACUACCUACAGGCCCUCUCGCAAGUCCUGGGCGACAUCACCUACUUGUGCCCCAUCGACAGGGCGACAAGGGCUUUUGCCAAGGCUGGCCUGACGGUAUACCAGUACCACAUGACCCACGCCCCCACGACAUCAAUGACAGGCACCAAGUGGACAGGAGCAACUCACUUAGACGACCUCUUGUUUGUCUUCGGGUUGCCUCUGAUAUCUUCAGACGAGUAUUCAUUCACAGCAGACGAGGCCCGCAUGUCGCUGCAGGUUAUCAAAUACUGGACCAAUCUGGCCAAAACUGGAAAUCCUAACCUGACAGAGGGGGAGGAGGCAGACUGGCCGGUGUUUAGCCCCCAGGAACUCGCCUACAAAGACCUGUCACCGGCCAUGCUGAAUGGACGUGCUAUCAAAGCCAAGGAAUGUCUAAUGCUUAACGAGUUCAUACCAAAACUCGCUCAAAUCGCAGUGGAUGCUAAGAGAUGUCGAGAGAGUUCGUAGGAGGAAGUGGAUACGCGCAACAGAAACGAGUCCUAGGAAGUAGAUGAAACUUCUUUGUUAUAUUUGACGGCUUCAAUUUGUACAUUCUGUGGCCUGACAUCCAGGGGAGCUGGCCAUUGCCCCCCACUUCCUCAAACCUCCGAUUUUUACUUGAACUAUGCGAUCUGUCUACUGCAUGCCGUAUUAAAUGGAUAAGCAUGGCGGAGCCUGUCGAACUAGAGCAGUUCAACUAUGCGAUCUGUCAAGCAAUGAUCCAUAUUAGUUGAGGGCGUCUGUGUACUUUAUACUACGGCAGUUGCAAGACAGGUUCUUGAAAUUGUUCGUACGAUAUACAUGAACAUGUAUAUUUCGAUUAUUAAAUGGUUUCCGCUAUUUCCAGCUGUUCCUAUAAAAGCACGAAAACAAAGUUAUGGGUAUACCCCUUUUCGUUCGUAAUUUUGCUCCUAUCUGGGGAGAGGUGUAAUAAAUGGGGGCUAUUUAAAUUUUUGUUUUCUUGUUAUUGCGGUGUCAGCACUCUGUUCUGUCAACAAUAAAACAAGAAAGUCAUUUAAAAUGUUUCGUAUCUCGUCAGGUCUUUAGUCCAUGACUCCAAAGAAAUCUGAAUUGUUUUAUCAUC